AUGAGCUCUCCAGUGACUUCUGUUUCAAAAGGGCGCAAAGGAUCUGCUGCCGGCGGUGGGAAAGCGUGGACAGAAGAAGAGGAGGUCUAUCUCUUGCAAAUGCGCCUUGAGAGAGUUGCAUACAAGAAGAUUGCCAGCCAUCUGGAUAAGACAGAGCUUGCAUGCAGGCUUCACUACCAUCAGCUGUCUCAUGGAGGCAAUCGCCGCAAGAGGAACAGCUCAAUCUCCUCAACCUCAUCAAACGCAUCUGCGACAUCUCCAGUGGCCAGCCCAUCUAAUUCGGAAACGCAAUUGACCUCGAAGAGAUCGUCGAGUCCCCAGAGCAGCUUUUCUCCCGUCAAUGCGGCCGGUGCCAUCCAGAAGGUGGGAAGCAACAUGAUGCCAAAGAUCAAGGGCAAACCGCUCCUCCCCAAGCCGGUCGAGGGGUCAACUCACCGAAAGCACACAAUCGGGAAGGCCAACAAGCUCCGCGUCAAUUGCAAUCCGGACAAUAUCGACAAGGAAAAGCUCAUCCGCAUCGUCGAAGCUCAGCGUGCCUGUUUCUGGGAAUCUGUGGCUAGCCAGUACGGUGGCUCAGUGGACCCUGAGUUUCUUGCAAAAUGCUGGCAAAAGGGCUUCACUUCGACCCCCCCAACUCCUGCAAUCUCACCCUCGUCCAAAGCCGUAUCUCCGCCUCCCGCAGCACCUAUCUCUGAAGAUGGACAUAAUACGGCUAGCAGUACCAUGGCAACGGUCAGCGAGGUUUCAACCCCUUCAUCAGCUGCAGCAAUGAGCCCUGCACCUUUUACUGGUCCCGAGGUUUCAGUCAAAGAGGAGACUAUGGAGGAUAGGCCUGUGGAGUGCAAGGAUAAGGCGCCUCAGGAUAUCCCGGCAGCGCCAACGACUACAUCAACACCAACAUUAGAGUCUGUGGCACAGACAACUGGAGACACCGUAAUGGAAGAAUAG